UUCAUUUUUUAGCGUGCUGUCCAGUUUGACCUACCUCUCUCUCGUUCUCUCACUGUGACCCUAAAAACACUCCAAAUCUUCUCUCUUUCUCCGGCGGCGAUUUACCCACAGUCUAGUUUCUCGGAUUCGAUUCCGAAACUUGCAGACCCUGCGAAAAUGAACGAAAUCUGCGAAGGGAAGGAUUUCUCCUUCCCAAAAGAAGAAGAGAAGAUUCUGAAGUUAUGGGACAACAUCAAAGCAUUCGAGAACCAGCUCAAACGAACCGAGAACAUGCCAGAAUACGUCUUCUAUGACGGUCCACCGUUUGCUACUGGCCUGCCUCAUUAUGGUCAUAUACUUGCAGGAACAAUUAAGGACAUUGUUACAAGGUACCAGUCUAUGAUUGGGCACCAUGUGACGAGGAGGUUUGGAUGGGAUUGCCAUGGGUUGCCUGUUGAAUUUGAGAUCGAUACCAAGUUGGGGAUUAAGACUAGAAAUGAUGUUAUGAAGAUGGGGAUCGAUAAGUAUAACGAGGAGUGUAGGAGUAUUGUUACGAGGUAUGUUGAGGAGUGGGAGAUUAUUGUGAAGAGGGUUGGGAGAUGGAUUGAUUUCAAGAAUGAUUAUAAGACAAUGGAUCUUAAGUACAUGGAAGGGGUUUGGUGGGUUUUCUCGCAGCUUUAUGAGAAGGGUUUGGUCUAUCGUGGUUUUAAGGUUAUGCCGUACAGUACUGGGUGCAAAACCCCGCUUUCGAACUUUGAGGCCAACUCGAACUAUAAGGACGUAUCCGACCCUGAAAUUAUGGUGUCUUUCCCAAUUAAAGAAGAUACACAUAAUGCAGCUUUUGUGGCAUGGACGACAACGCCGUGGACCCUCCCAAGCAAUCUUGCUCUUUGUGUCAAUGCAAAUUUUACCUAUGUAAAGGUACGAGAUAAGGUGUCUGGAUCAACCUAUGUUGUUGCCGAAUCUCGAUUAUCUCAGCUACCCAGCAAGAAACCAAAACCAGAUACACCAAGUGGACCAGUUCAAGAUCCAAAACAUUCAAAUUUGAAGAGCAAAAACUCAUCGAAUGGAAAAGUUAAGAAAGCGGUGGAUACUGGAUCUUAUGAGUUGCUAGAGAAAGUCACUGGUGCUUCUCUGGUGGGGAAGAAGUACGUCCCACUAUUUGAAUACUUUACAGAGUUGUCAGAUGUUGCAUUUAGAGUUGUUGCAGACAAUUAUGUCACUGAUGACAGCGGUACGGGUGUAGUUCACUGUGCUCCUGCAUUUGGUGAAGAUGAUUAUCGUGUCUGCAUUGAAAAUCAAAUAAUCAAAAAGGGAGAGAACCUAAUUGUGGCAGUUGAUGAUGAUGGCUCUUUUACUGAUAAAGUUUCUGACUUCAGGGGGAAGUAUGUCAAGGAUGCAGAUAAGGAUAUUAUUAAUGCUGUGAAGGCAAAAGGCAGGCUUGUUAAAUCUGGAAGCUUCAUGCAUUCUUAUCCUUUCUGUUGGAGAUCUGAUACUCCUCUUCUUUAUAGAGCAGUUCCAAGCUGGUUCGUUGCAGUGGAACAGUUGAAAGAUCAAUUGCUAGAGAAUAAUAAGCAAACAUACUGGGUUCCCGAUUUUGUUAAGGUUUGGUGUUUCUAUUCGCAAGCUAUCUUAAGUAGUUUUUUUGGUUGUCUACUGGUUUAUUUUCCAUCAGGUUUCUUUUAUAAUUAG